AUGGCUACUUCUUCUAAGAAAUCGACCACAGAAGCUAAAUCCUCGGGCAAGCAAAAGAAGUCGGGAUCUGAUUCGGAGCCAGAUAAUUUAUUGGUGAAGCGUAGGCUGAAAGGUGAUUUGGAGACCAAACCUAUCAUUCUGAAGAAACAUAAAGAGGACGUUGUCGUAAAAAAGAAAACCAUCUUGGUUCGCGGUCUCUCUACGGAUGCUGGGGUAGCAGAUAUCAUCGAUUUCUUCGAAGAUGUUGGACAAGUUGUUCGUGUUCAACUUGUUGUCCACCACGGGUUCAGGAAGACUAGAAAAUAUGGCUUUGUCAAGUUUGCUUCUUCUAACGAAGCAGACAAGGCUCUCCAAAAGAUUAAAAAUUUGCAAGGUCCCCAGAUUUUUGCUCAGAUUUUCCCUUAUGUGCACAUCAUACCCAGGUAUUGCAAAGAUCACAAAGUCUGGAACAAAGAUUUCAUUCUACGAGAAGAAGAUGAGACACCUCCUCCCAAGUUUGUUGAGAAUGUUCUCUUUGUUUCCAACCUCUCUCCUCAGACUAAGUUAUUUCAUAUCAUCGAGUACUUCAGUCAUGUUGGAGAAGUAGUUAGUGUUCGACUUAUUGUAAAUCCCGAAGGCAAGCAUGUAGGCUAUGGCUUUGUCGAGUUUGGUUCUGCUUACCAAGCACAUAAGGCGCUGGAAAAAAUGAAUGGUGAAUAUUUGCUGGAUCACAAGAUUUUUAUUGACGUAGCUAAGCUGCCUCCCUACCGUCUCCUACCCAAGUACAACGUUGCAGAGAAGAUCUGUUACGAAGACUAUCUUCGACGAGGGAUCCUUGUGAGAGACGAAAAUGAGGCAGAAGGAAGACUUUAUCAAGAGGCAGUUGCUGUAAGAAAUAAGACGAUCAUUGUCAGCAAGCUCCCUCGCCCAACUAAAAUACAAGAUCUCAUCGAUUUAUUAAAAGAUGUUGGAAAAGUUGUUCAUGUUCGACUUCUUAUAGACUGUGUGGGCAACCAAAUUGGCAUUGGCUAUGUUGAGUUUUCUUCUGCUGAAGAAGCAGAGAAGGCUUUGAAAAAGAAGUAUUUGCACGAUCAAGGAAUUUUUCUUUUUUCGGCUGAGGGAUUUUCAGACCGUCGGCAUCGCAAGUAUUAUAUCGAUCACAAGGUUUGGUACGAAGACUACCUUGGACGAGAAAACCGUCUGAUCGAAGAAGAUGAUGUAGUGGAGGAAGGAUUUGAUGAAACUCAUGAUUUUUCUGAGGAAGUAGCCUUAAGAAAAAGGACACUCUUUGUUUACAAUCUCACUCCCAGAAUACGAACAUAUAAUCUCUUUGAUUACUACAAAAAUGUUGGACAAGUUUGUCGUGUUCGACUUGUUGUGAACCGCGAUGACGAGCAUGUAGGCUGUGGCUUUGUUGAGUUUGCUUCUGCUGACCAAGCAAUGACGGCGUUGCUCUACGAUAAUAGUAGAACUCUGAAAAUUCUCUCCGACGUGGUUGAGAUGGCUCCAUACCCUAUCCGACCCAGGUACAUGCGUGCAGAGAAACUCUGGAACGAAGAGCACCUUCGACAAGAAAUCCUUCCGACAGAAGAAGAUUAUCUGAAGAAACCGGAGGUAACUGAAUUAUUCUGCGGUAAGAAGAAAACCUUCUCUGACGAUGAUGACUGA